GCUAGCCACAAACAGCAGGGGAUGCAUGUUGAAUGCUUCAUGAUGGAUUCUUAUCAUGGCGAGACUGGCUUGGAAGGAGCUGCGUCCAGGCCUCAUUCAUGAGGUUUGUCAACCAGGACUUUCUCCGCUCUCGGUGGUUCGACAAGAUGAGGCAGCAAUCCAGCGCCUGAGAGCUGCAGCAGAACGCUUGACAAGCAGUGAGCCUUUUGAGUGUGCUCGCUGGGCAUCGAUCUUGGAUUUGCAAGGUCGACACGUUGAAGCUCAACAAGUCCUGAAGGAGCGAUGCGCAAAUGAAGCCAGACCAGGGCAUUUUGGAGCAAUUCGUCUCUUGACACAUAUGAUUCAGCGUCAUGUACAAUGGCAAGCGGAGCGAGCUCGUCUGGAGCAGGAGAACAGGCCCAGCAAGGUUGUUCCAGUGGAAAUCCUGCCGGCAGAAGUUUCUCGAGAAGAGCUCUGGAAAAAGUUUGUCCAACCAGGAGUUCCGUGCGUGAUUCGUGGUGCGGGAGUGGCUUCAUUUCGGACCCUUGAUGAUUUGAAAGCCAUAAGCAAGGCACAGGUGCCUGUUCGUGGCUGUGACGAAGCUUCAGCAAAGUGGGCUCGCUUGGAGUUUGUGGGCGUGAAGCGCUUCGAUGAAUUUCUGCAAGUAUCGACCUGAAAAUUGAUUGGACGCUCCUCGAAACAGCCCUCAACUCUUUGACUAUUCCAUAUGGCAGCACUGUGCUGAAUCUCUUGGCUCCCAGGUCUCUAUGCCAAGCAAAUGGUUUCCGGUGGACUUGUAUACAUAUGCGGCUGCUCAAAUACAGCCAGUCACGGGAUCAGCUGGUCCAACACUUUUUGUGGCUCCACGCGGAUCGGGCUCAUCUUUGCACGUGGAUACACUGCAGAACGCUGAGGCCCUGUGCUCUGGCCGGAAGCGGUGGCGGCUGGUCAACAGAGAUGAGAUGUCUUUGCUGCGCCCGCUGUACUUGGCAGACUUAAAUCCAGUGUUUCCGAUGGAUUUAGAGGAGUGACGCAAGGUCAAAGUUUACGAAACCAUUUUGGAAGCUGACGAUUUGAUCUUCGUUCCUGCUGGGUGGCCUCAUCAGGUCGACAAUUUGGAGACUUCAAUGGCUAUCAGCUCCAACUUUAUCGUUUGUGUCUUAAACAAGUUAAGUGUGGAUGACAACAGCCACUCAGCGAGACUGAAAAUGUGGGCUCUGUUCAAGCGCAGUGCGAACAGACAAUUGAGUCUUGCUUGGUUGCUAUCACCGCAUAGCAAUUUGUUCAGCUCUAAACCAGGUUGAAGCGAGCCCUCAAAAGUCAAUGCGCGUGACGCGUGCAGGAUUGUAUUUGGCUCCUCUAUCCAGCCCUGAUGACGUGUCCAUUAGGACAUAUGUAAGAACCUAAGUCCCCUAGAAUCCCAGAUCCAGCAAUAUAACCCCUUUGACAGGUUGUUGGCAGUUUGUCAAGAGACUUCAAAUUCCCAAAACUUGAGCCGCCGAACCAAGUUCGUAGUUGCCAGGCUCGGCAUGGCGAAGUUCGCACACCACAGGAGACCCAGAAAAGGCUGCUUCAGGUGAUCUCUAUUUCAGCCAUUGGCAUUGGCUGUUUGUGCAUUUUCCUUGGGCACCGAUUGCGGGACUCUGCAACAUACUAACUGAUGUCCCAAGUUUGGCAACGCCUUGGAGUCGAAGACUCGCUCGGCCUCUUAAAGUGAACUUGGUCUUGCACCUUUAGAACUGGGUGCUGCGACAGCCGCUGGACAAAAA